AUGGCGCCUUCGAGUAAUAAGCGAAAACGACCUGAGCGGCAGAUCUCAGAAGAUGACGGAGCCAGUCGGCCCUCACCGUACAAACCGGAGAAGUCGCGCAUGACACGUCGAACAUCGCAACAGAUAGAGAAGGCGGAGACAACUGGAGAAGAAGAUGCUGCUCCAAACAUGCGUAAGAUUCACGAUUGCCCUGCAGAAGACAAAGCUAACAAUCUGUGUUUGGCAGCAACUUCGAGCUCGCGUGAGGGUACCGGAACACCUGCGCAGCAGGGCCUCGACAACAACCCAUCGGAACCCAAUGGACAUGGGCAUAGCACGGGAGCACCCACCGCAGUACCGGUGAAAGCUCUGUACAAGUACACCCACGUCACCGACGACAUCAUAUCCUCCUGGUCGGACUCAGGGAAACAAACAAUUGUCGACGCAGCGAGAGGCCUGGACGAAUUGCGACUUAGCGAUCUCUUUUCCGAGCUGGUCCGGUCAUCGCUAGAGGACCGUUUGGCUGGCAAACAGGCUGGUCUGGCAGUGAGGGACAUCAUUGCAUCACAAGACCUUGGUUCCAUGAGCGUGGAGGAGCUAUUUCUCAACACAAUCUCCUUCUUGUACGAUGCAAACUAUAAAGGGCCCCAGUUGCGGCCUCUGGUUGCUUCCACUGGAAUCGACUUGCAGCGGAUGCGCGAGGAGCUCGACAUUCCUCUGCUGCAAGAACUCGGGCUUGUCCGCAGUACCUUUGACAAGAUGCGGACGAGAAAGACCACAAAUGCUCUGUACAGGCAAGCGAACUUCAAUCUACUUCGAGAGGAGAGCGAAGGCUAUGCCAAACUCAUCACUGAGUACUUCAACACGGCGCAGGAAGCCAGCAGCCGACGCGACGAUGACCCAUUCAUGGCUGAGGAUGCCUUUCGACGAGUGGAGGCUUUGAUCGGUGCCUUUGAUCUUGACGUUGGCAGGGUCUUAGACAUCAUUAUGGACGUGAGCGCCAAUCUUCUUGUCAAGGCCUAUCCGUUUUUCAUCAAAUUCUAUCGUGCGAGCUCUUGGUGGCCUGACAACGAGCUGCUCGACAACGUGAAGUGGGAAGACCAAGGUUUCAGCUCUCUGCCAAGUUGGGCUUUGCCAGGAUCUGGACGUUGGGUGCAAAGUGAUGACGAGAAGGAGGCGCUGUCCCAGCUACGGCACACGCGUGAUGUUCGAUUCUGGGAUCACGUCCGAGAGGCCGGCAUGGACGCAUUCUUCGAGCUUGGCAGCAAGAAGAUUGUCAACUUCGACUCGGUACUUCCGUUACUGCAAUCUGAAGUCUCGGCUGAGUUGGAUGCUAGAGGCAAAGAGACGAACCCAAACAAGCGCAUGCGGCUCAACGAAGUUCGCAAGUACAUGCGAGAGACCCGCAGCAUCCCGCCGUCGGGCAACUACGACGCUGCGCAGCUGCUGGGCUUCAAGUUGAGAUUCUACGCCUCUGACGCGCGGGAUGCCGGAGAUACCUUGCCGGACAACCUCAUCUACCUUGCAGCUCUCCUGAUCAAGAUCGGAUUCAUAUCUUUGCGAGACCUGUAUCCGCAUCUUUACCCCGCCGAUGAAGACAUGCCAAAAGAGCGGGCAAGAUUGGAGAAAGAAAAGGCAGAGAAGGAAGCUAAAGAGCGUCCUGGCGGAGGCAUGAACGCUCUCCUCAUGGCCGGUGCUCUCGCUGAUGACUCGUUGCCUGGUUCCCGGCGAAUAGACAAGGAAAAGAGCGGCGAUGCUACCCCGUCCCAAGACAAGAAGGACGAGCCAAAGGAAGAGCUGCCAGCGCCCGUCAACCAGAAAGUCUUGCUCUUGAAAGCGUUACUUCUCAUUGGAGCUCUUCCUGAGGCCUUGCAUCUCCUGGGCCGCUUCCCUUGGCUGGCUGAGGUUGACAUCUCGCUGCCGGCUUUCUUACAGCGCCUGGCCAGACACAUGUUGAGCAAGGUUGCAGAGUCUUUGCAUCCAUUGAGCAGCCGUGAUGGCCUGCAGGAGCCCAGAGAGCAACUUUCAGAUACUACACCUCGAUUCGACGGCAGUCUGGCCUUCUCUGCAAGACAGCCCAAAAAGACAACGCGGUGGUUGUACAACGACGUCUUCGACAAGGAUGACGGACAGGAUUAUCGACACUACUACUCCGACUGGAGCGAUAACAUUCCGGUUUGCCAAUCGCUCGACGAUGUCUUUGCCUUAUGCAACACCUUCCUGGGGUACAUUGGGCCAAAGAUUGGACAGGACGUUGCCCUCUACAGCACUCUCCUACGUCUGGCCUAUCGCAGCCUGACCGACGAUACUUCGAAUGAGAACCGCUCACGCUGGCUUGAACUCAUGAAGCGCCUGUUGGUGCCAGCGCUCAGCUGCAGCAAGCACAAUCCACAGCUCGCACAGCACGUGUAUGAGCUGCUGAGCUUCUUUCCGGUCGCCACGAGAUACAAGGUGUAUGCUGAAUGGUUCACUGGCCGUACAUCUCGUCUCCCCGAUGUCCAGGCUGCUUUCGCUAAGAACAAAGCUGAGGUCCGUGAUGUACUUCGACGAGUGUCAAAUGAUUACGUCAAGAAGCAAUCGCGAGCACUUGGCAAGGUCGCACUUUCAUCGCCAGGCAUCGUCAUGAUGGAAAUGAUCAACCAGCUCGAAAGCUACAACAACAUGAUUCCCAGCUUGGUGGAAUGCACGCGGUACUUCUCAUCCUUGGCAUACGACGUCUUGAAUUGGGCCCUCAUCAACUCCGUCAGCGGGCAGGGACGGGAUCGCAUGCAAGCAGAUGGCAUGCUGACCAGUUCCUGGUUGCAAGCACUGUCUCGAUUCGUCGCGUCGCUGUUCACACGAUACUCGCACCUCAAUCUGUCACCAAUUCUGCAAUAUCUCGCCUCCGAACUUCGAAGCGGGAACUCGACCGACCUGGAGCUGUUCGAGCAAGUGCUUGUAGAAAUGGCAGGCAUCAGAUCUGAUACAGAAUUCAACGACUCCCAGGUAUUGGCCAUGGCCGGCGGAGAGACGCUCAGAACCCAUAUUUUGUCACAGCUAUCGGACACGAGGCAUUUGAAGAAGACUUCAGCCCAACGCUUGAUUGCAGCACUCGACAAGCCAAAACUCAUUGGCCAGACACUUGUGGCUAUUGCGCAAGAGCAGCAGAUGUACGCCCAACACGAGUCCUCGAGAUUCAUGCCGCUGAAAGUUCUCGGAAACAACCUGGACAAGAUUCAAGCUGUUUUCCAGCAGUACAUGGAAGUCCUCAAGUAUAACUUGGAUGCACAAAAGUUCGAAGACGCGGUUCCAGAUGUCACCAGUCUGGUGAGAGACUUUGGUGUGGGGCCGUGCGUCGCGCUCACAGUCUGUCGCGCAGCAUUACAACACCGCCUCAGCGAGUUUGAUGCUGCAAAGAAACAUGAGCUCGACGACAAGAAAGACGCAUCUGCCCAGAAUGCUCCCGCUGGCGAGGACGCGGAUAAUACUGCGGAGACCAUCAAAGAGGAAGCAGCUCAUGAACCUACAGAACAAUCGAAUGGUGUUGUAGAAAUGGACCAGGAGAUGGAAGGCGUUGAAGAUGGCGCUGCCGCCACGGCUCAGCCCGCAGAGACUGGUCCAUGGCAUCCGGUCCUCGAACCAGUCAUUCAAGGCCUCCAAGAGGCCCUCCCAGAGCUCGCUGCUCGCAUCAGCGUACCGUUCUAUGUCACAUUCUGGACCCUGAACCUGUACGACGUAUUUGUACCCAUGGACAACUACUCAAGGGAGAUGAAGCGACUCGAUGGUCAAAUCAAUGAGAUCGCAAGCGACCGUUCCGACCUGAGCGCGAUCCAGUCAAGGGAGAGAGAACGCAAAAAGAAGAAUCUGAUGGAUUUGCGUGAGAAGAUGAAGCAGGAGCCAACAGUGCACGUAAGUGCGUACCGACAGGUGAAAGCCCGAAUCAACAAGACCGAGAAAUCCCACUGGUUUGCGAAGACAGACGGAAAGGAAUCGCGGGCUGCCAUCGACGCAAAGCACCAAGGUCUGCUCCAGGAAUGCUUUAUUCCAAGAGCCAUAAUGUCGUCCAUCGAUGCGUACUUCUCAUUCACAAUGAUGAAGAUCUUGCACGACCAGGGAACUCCCGGAUUCAGCCUUAUGCACCUUUUGCAUCAGCUGUUCAAGAAGCAACAGCUCGCAACUUUGAUGUUCCAGUGCACCGCCAAUGAAGCACAGCAUCUUGGUCGUUACCUUUGCGAGACUCUCAAACACCUGCACUCCUGGCACGCCGAUAAAACGAUAUAUGAGAAGGAGGCUCUGGGUCAAAAGACGAAGCUCCCAGGUUUCGUCAAGGCGUUUGAUGAGAACGGGGAGCCAAAAUCCGUCAUCGACUACGAGACAUUCAGGCGUAUGCUAUUCAACUUCCACGCCCACCUGAGCAAUGCGCUACAGGCCUGUUUUGAGUCUGACGAGUACAUGCACAUUCGCAACGGCAUCAUCGUUCUGAAGAGUGUCGUCCAGGUUUUCCCAGCAAUCAAGUAUAUCGGCAAGAACAUGGUCGAUCACGUUACAAAGCUGUCAAAGGAUGACCCGCGUCAGGAUCUGAAGCUGGCUGCGAUGUCCCUACUUGGCCCUCUCAAGAGUCGAGAGAAGCACUGGCUGUUGCCACAAGCAUUCAGAUUGAACGAUCCAGCCAAAGAUGGUGCCAAGCCGACCAGUCGCGCGCCCUCUGCAAGACCAGAAACACCACAGCCAGGAGCUGGUCUCAAUGCGUCAGCUCCAGAAUUCAAAUCUACGUCUACCACUCAGGCGAAUGGCACGAGUAGAAAAGAAUCAGUGGCUGGCGGCCCCGAGGAUGGCGAGAUUGAAGACGAGAAGGCCGCGUCUGCGAAGGAGAGCAAAUCCGUAAGCAAUACUGGAGACCGUCCAGAAACACCGAAGCAGGACAACAAGGCAACCGAGAAAGAAAUUCAGAGACCAUCGCAUGAUGUUAAAUCAACAGUGGCUCGCGACACACCCAAAGCCGAUUCCAAGCCGUUGACGCCGGCUCCAAUUCAGUCGAGGCACCCUCCUGGCACGUCAGGUUCGCAACGUGCGGAGCCAUCCCGACCCUCGUCAACACAGCCUGGAUCUGCUCGAUCAUCAGCCCAUGCUCUGCCAAACCGACCUGAGCACAAUGCUACGAAGCCUCUUCCAGGAGCGCCUACUCCGGGCAGAGGCGGACGAUAUCCGGCUCGAAGUGGGCCAGACGAGCGUUUCGGCAGACUAGACAGACCCAACGACGUGAGGCCGGCUUCUCGCGACCACUCUCCUGGCCAUCGCACUCGUGGACGAACUCCACCCCCAGCUUCUACGCCACGUGGCUAUCGCGAUGAGCGGCAGUUCGACCGACCAACUGAGCGACCACCUCAUGACAAUAGAGGCGCCCGUGAUGAGCCGUACGGUCACCCGCGACGUGAGGGCCCGCCAAUGUCGUCUCGCCCUCCGCUUGACUCUCGAGAUCGAUCGCAACCAACUGGACGGACAUCAGAUGCAGGCACGCACCCGGAUCGACUGGGCCAUAUCUCUUCAGUAGCAGUAGCACCUGAAGGCCAACAGCCGUCACGAGUCACACCAAGCGCGACACCUUCGCAGCCGCAAUCACAAGAUGACCAGCACCACGUCAAUCCAGCGCGCAUGGCAUUGAUUGACUCUGGGUCUGGCGGUCCGGCUCCUCGCCGCGGAAGAGAUGCUCCGCCAGCGGACAGAGACCCCCGCCGCGAGAGGGAGUCUCGAACAGAUGAUCGCCCAGGAUCUGCCUUUGGUUCACGAACUGCAGAGGCACCACGGGAUGCUCCGCCACGCAACGAACAACAGCCUGAUUUGGCACCCACUGGGCCAAAGCGGGCGGGCGGGCGACUUCGCGAGAUGGCCCCUCCUCAGCAAACCGAGUCAAACUUUGGCCGUCUCAACGGUCCUCAAGAUGCACCUUCAGGGCCUCGUCAGCUCAACGGGUCAGGCAGGGGCGCUCGAAACUUCACGGCCCCAGUCAACACGCGUCCUAAUGACUCUGCCGUGCCAUCUCCAACGACCGGCAGACCACCAGAGUCACCUGCAGCACUUCGAGGGCCGCCUAGCCGACAGCCGAGCGGCCCUGCACCACACGUUGAUCGAAGCGCUCCAAGUUCUGCGCCAAGUACACCUGCCGCAGAAAAUGGUCCUCAAGUACAUCCGAGCAGAGCUGCUCAGUUUGCUCCACCAGCUCCUAUUCAGACGAGCUUUCAAGCACCCAAUGGACCGCGAAAUGCAGGUUCUCCCACGACAGGACCUCCAGCUGGACCACGAGCACCAGGUCGUGGUGGCCCUCCCAGUGGCACACCCACAGGACCAUCGCCUGCCAACAGCAUGCCGCCCUCUGGACCUGCAUCAGGCUUGGAGAGACGGAAGCACGGUGGUGACAGACAACGUCAAAACAUCAAUGCUACUUUGCAGGGCAACAGCAACGCCCCUAGCCCUACUGCCCAAGGCGUCAAUUUCAGAGGAGCAUCAUCUCGCCAGCCGAGCAUGUCGUCCUUGCCUCCAAGCGGCCCAGGCGUGAGAUCUGGAGGAUCUGUCCCCACAGUAGCGUCGUCAAUGGAGCCGCCGAGCAACCAGGCCGAGACGAUGACGGAGGCAGGCGACGAGAAGAAGAUCGGGGUGACCGCUCCCACGGUAGUCGUAACCCAAGCCGGGAACCACGCCGUGACAUUGUCGACCCGAUGGCUCGUCCUCCACCUCCACCUCCACCACCAGGCGGACCAGAUGACAACAGAGAUAGACGUGGCGGAGCACCGCGCGAUGAGCACCGUAUGCCGCGGGACGCACCAGGCCGUGACGGCGCAUCACGAGAACGUAGAGGGCAAGAGAGGCGGUCUCGUGGCCCGACGACAGACAAUCCUGGAGGCUUUGCAGGAGGCCAUCCUCCAGAUUGGGAACGUCGUGGACUUCGUGCAGACGAGAACGAUGGUGGCAGGAGAGGUGGCAGAACGGGAGCGUCAGGCAGACCGGAAGACUUUCGAGGUGGAGCACCACCACGCGAAGAUGAGAGAGGCGGAAGUGGCAGACCUUCACGCAACGACGGCGCCACCGAAAGCAGGAAGCGGCCGCAUGAUGAUGGCGCUGGAUUUCCAGGAGACCCAAAGCGGAGGCGAAGCGCAAGAUAGCGCAAGAAGAGAGACGAGGACCGAGACUGAAUUCAACUCUAUGUUUUACUACCAUUACGAGCAUAUGCUCCAGCUACCAGAACUCUCCAGCAAGUAA